AAUUCCUCUGUUUUCCCUGAAAUCCUCUGGUCUUCAGGAAAAUCCAAGACAACCCACUUUCCUUUCUCUCUUCCUCUCUUGCUCACAGUUAAUUUCUUUCAAAUCCUCAAUAUACAUUUUAUGUUUCCAAAAGGGUCUGUGAAGAACUCGUUGUGACAGGAAAUAAUGGAGGGAGGUGUUCAUGGAGGCGCGGAUGCCUCUGCUUUCAGAGAGUGUUUCUCUCUAACAAGGAAGAACCCUUAUGUUCUUCGUCUGGCCUUUUCUGCUGGGAUUGGUGGGCUUCUUUUCGGCUAUGAUACAGGUGUGAUAUCAGGCGCUCUGCUGUACAUCAGGGAUGACUUCGGGUCUGUGGACAGGAAAACCGUCUUGCAGGAGAGCAUAGUGAGCAUGGCAGUUGCCGGAGCCAUCAUAGGAGCCGCAAUUGGCGGGUGGAUGAAUGACCGGUAUGGAAGAAGACGUGCAUUGUUAAUUGCAGAUGCUCUCUUCUUCAUAGGAGCUGUGGUCAUGGCCUCUGCUCCUGGUCCUGCUCUUCUCAUUGUUGGUCGAGUUCUUGUUGGGCUUGGUGUGGGAAUGGCAUCGAUUACGUCUCCCCUGUAUAUUUCAGAAGCUUCUCCGGCCAAAAUCCGUGGUGCCCUCGUUAGUACCAAUGGAUUUCUCAUAACUGGUGGUCAGUUCUUGUCUUACCUCAUCAACUUGGCCUUUACCAAGGCACCCAGCCCAUGGAGGUGGAUGCUCGGAAUUGCCGGCCUUCCAGCCCUUCUACAGUUCAUUCUAAUGAUUCUUCUUCCUGAAUCUCCACGUUGGCUGUACCGCAAGGGGAGAGAAGAAGAAGCCGAGGUAAUUCUAAGGAAAAUUUACCCGGAACAUCAAGUUGAACAGGAAAUUCAAGAUCUAAAAGAAUCAAUUGAGGCAGAAAUCCAGGAAAAAGGAUCUACUGAGAAGAUUAACAUCAUUAAACUGCUGAAAACCAAAACUGUUAGAAGAGGACUUCUUGCUGGUGUUGGACUUUCAAUUUUUCAGCAGUUUGUAGGCAUAAACACCGUGAUGUACUACAGUCCCACCAUAGUUCAGUUGGCUGGUUUUGCCUCUAACCAAACUGCACUCCUCCUUUCUCUUGUCACGGCUGGACUCAAUGCUGCUGGCUCCAUUGUGAGCAUAUACUUCAUUGACAGGACAGGUAGAAAGAAGCUGCUUCUCAUCAGUUUGAUUGGCGUGAUGAUCUCUCUUGGGAUCCUGUCAGGAGUUUUCGAAGUGACUACAACCCACUCACCAAUGGUCAGCACAACUGAAACAAAUCGCUUUUCAAAUUACACUUGUCCUGACUACAGUUCAGCAGCAAACUCCGGUGCUUGGGACUGCAUGAAGUGCUUGAAGGCUACAUCUCCAGAUUGCGGGUUCUGUGCUUCAGCAACCAACAAGCUACUGCCAGGAGCAUGUGUUAUCUCAAAUGACACAGUGAAGGAACUCUGCCAGAAGCAAAGUAGGUCCUGGUAUACAAGGGGAUGCCCAAGCAGAUAUGGAUGGCUUGCGCUCAUUGGUCUUGCUCUCUACAUCAUAUUCUUCUCUCCUGGGAUGGGAACUGUACCAUGGGUAGUCAAUUCUGAGAUCUAUCCCCUACGGUUUAGAGGCAUCUGUGGUGGAAUAGCUGCAACGGCAUGCUGGAUAUCAAACCUCAUAGUUGCCCAGUCCUUCCUGUCACUGACCCAGGCAAUAGGAACUUCAUGGACUUUCCUUAUAUUUGGGGUUGUUUCAGUAGUGGCUUUGAUCUUUGUCCUAGUCUGUGUGCCUGAAACGAAGGGGCUGCCCAUUGAGGAGAUUGAGAAGAUGUUGGAGUUCAGCACUUUGCACUUCAGGUUCUGGAAGAAAAGAUCAGAUACAUUAGAAAAGAACCAAGCACCAUGAAAUGAAGGUAGAAAAGUUAUCCUAAUAAUAGUGAACAUAAAAUCAGACACUGCAUCUAGUAAGAGUGAAAUUAAUUUGAGAAUAAGGAAUGGAUGUACCUUUGCAAUCUCUUUAACAGAAAGAAACUGCAGAUGUAUGCCAAAAUAAUUGUGCUCUCCUUUUUUACAUAGAAUCUGGUCUUUAAUUACUAUAUUGUUUUCUACUAAAAAAAUUGGAAUGGA